CCGGUUUGUACAAAUAUCUUUGAUUUCAAUGAUAGUAUUUUUGUUAAUGAAUUCUUAAUUUUUUUCUGUCUUUAGAGCUACAAGAGGUCGAUUGUGAGAGUGUUUCAAACCCUUGGACAGCUGCCUACAGCUGAAGAAUAUAUGGCAGCCAAUAACUCAGUGGUUGGUGUUGAUUCUCCAAUGAACAAUUUUAACUAUCGGGUAGUCAUAGUUCAGGUUUUGGUGUCAGUCUUUCUUUUCAUCAACUUUUGGCUAAUAAGAACUUUUUUUGUGAGAGACUUUUACACAGUCAUGCGGUACAUCUUGUUUGCUACAACCCUGCUGUCUGACUCUAUAUUUUUAAUCAUAACUGACAUCCUGCUUAUUUUAAGUUACAUUAAGAUUACCAUGCAAGUGUGGCUGUGUGUUAUCAUAUACAUUAUUUCAUCUCUGUGCAUUUUUGUCACACCGGUUACUUUGACAGCAAUGACCCUGGAGCGCUAUGUGGCCGUUUGCAGGCCCCUGAGGCAUGGAGAGCUGUGCUCAACUCGCAGAGCUCUGCACUGCGUCCUCAUCAUUCACAGCAUCAGCUCUAUACCCUGCAUUGUUGUCCUCUCGAUCUUUUUUGCAUCAGUGUCCCACAACUUCUAUUCCAAGGGCAGAGUAUGUUCUGUGGAAAUGUUCAUCCUUUACAAAUGGCAGGGUCAUCUUCGGUCAGCUGUAAGUCAGUUUUACUUCUUCAUAAUGUUCAUUGCUAUUGUAUUCUGUUAUAUUAAAAUAAUGAAAGUAGCCAAAGCUGCAUCUGGAGAGGAUAAAAAGUCAACAAGGAAAGGUCUCAAAACAGUAAUUUUUCAUGCUUUUCAGCUGUCGCUCUGUCUCAUCCAGCUGUGGUGUCCAUUAAUUGAGGCUGCUGUACUUCAGAUUAAUUUAAUAUUAUUCAUUAAUGUCAGGUAUUUUGAUUACAUUACUUUUAUUCUUGCGCCAAGAUGUAUAAGUCCUCUUGUGUAUGGCCUCAGGGAUGAAAUGUUUUUUCAUGCACUAAAAUACUAUGCUCUCUGUGGCUUGUAUAAGAAACAGUCAUCAAAUAUACCUUGAUUAAUACAUUUAUUUAUUUUCAUCCUGCUAAUCUAAAAUGUUAAA